UCCUUCCCCCUCCCCCUCCCGGCGGCGGCUCGGGAGCCGGGCGCGGCUGGCGGCGGCCCCGGGCGGGACCAUGGCGGACGGUGUGGACCACAUCGACAUCUACGCCGAUGUGGGCGAGGAGUUCAACCAGGAGGCUGAAUAUGGUGGGCAUGAUCAGAUUGAUUUAUAUGAUGAUGUAAUUUCUCCAUCUGCAAAUAAUGGAGAUGCUCCAGAGGAUCGCGAUUACAUGGAUUCUCUUCCACCAUCUGUUGGGGAUGAUGUAGGUAAAGGAGCUGCACCAAAUGUUGUCUAUACGUAUACUGGAAAGAGAAUUGCCUUGUACAUUGGAAAUCUCACUUGGUGGACAACAGAUGAAGACUUAACUGAAGCAGUUCAUUCACUGGGGGUAAAUGAUAUUUUGGAGAUAAAAUUUUUUGAAAAUCGUGCUAAUGGCCAAUCUAAAGGGUUUGCCCUUGUGGGUGUGGGAUCGGAAGCAUCUUCCAAAAAGUUGAUGGAUUUGUUGCCUAAAAGAGAAUUGCAUGGGCAGAAUCCUGUUGUAACUCCGUGUAAUAAACAGUUUCUGAGUCAAUUUGAAAUGCAGUCAAGGAAAACCACACAGUCUGGCCAGAUGUCUGGGGAAGGUAAAGCUGGUCCCCCAGGAGGAAGCUCACGAGCAGCAUUUCCACCUAGUAAUAGAGGUCGGGGCCGUUUUCCAGGUGCCAUUCCAGGUGGAGACAGAUUCCCUGGACCGGCAGGGCCAGGAGGGCCACCACCACCUUUCCCAGCUGGACAAACUCCCCCACGUCCACCCUUAGGUCCUCCUGGCCCACCAGGCCCACCAGGCCCUCCACCUCCUGGUCAGGUCCUCCCACCUCCAUUAGCUGGACCUCCUAAUCGUGGUGAUCGUCCACCACCACCAGUUCUGUUUCCAGGACAGCCUUUUGGUCAGCCUCCACUUGGGCCACUUCCUCCAGGCCCUCCUCCACCAGUUCCAGGCUAUGGGCCACCACCAGGUCCACCACCACCUCAGCAGGGUCCACCUCCACCUCCGGGUCCAUUUCCCCCUCGUCCGCCUGGCCCUCUUGGGCCGCCCCUGACUCUUGCACCUCCUCCACAUCUCCCUGGGCCACCUCCAGGUGCUCCACCACCGGCACCACAUGUGAAUCCAGCUUUCUUCCCCCCACCUGCCAAUAGUGGCAUACCCACUUCAGACAGCCGUGGCCCACCUCCAACAGAUCCAUAUGGCCGACCUCCACCAUAUGACAGAGGUGACUAUGGGCCACCUGGAAGGCGUUUCACUGGAAAUAACAUGUCCAUAAGAGAAAAAUUACAUAUUCCAUUCUAUGGGAGGCACACGAAAAAUAAUACUCAAAACUCAGGGAGAGAAAUGGAUGCUGCAAGGACACCUCUAAGUGAAGCAGAAUUUGAAGAAAUCAUGAAUAGAAAUAGGGCGAUCUCAAGCAGUGCCAUUUCGAGAGCUGUAUCAGAUGCCAGUGCUGGGGACUAUGGAAGUGCUAUAGAGACCUUGGUAACUGCAAUUUCCUUAAUCAAACAGUCCAAAGUAUCUGCAGAUGAUCGCUGCAAAGUACUUAUUAGCUCUCUUCAGGACUGCCUUCAUGGAAUUGAGUCCAAGUCCUAUGGUUCUGGAUCCAGAAGACGUGAGCGAUCCAGAGAGAGGGACCACAGUAGGUCACGAGAAAAAAGUAGGCGCCACAAAUCACGUAGUAGAGAUCGUCACGAUGACUAUUACCGGGAAAGAAGCCGUGAGAGAGAGAGGCAUCGUGAUCGUGACAGAGAUCGUGACAGAGAGCGAGACAGAGAGAGAGAAUAUCGUCACCGUUAAAGAAGCACCUGGCAUGACCACAGGUAAGUAAUAACAGGUAAUUAACUAGUCUUGGGAGGGAGCAAGAAUUUAUGCAAUUAUCUUCUACAUUUUGCAUGCCACUUCUUUUAUUUUGGCUGAUAAUAGUCUUCCCAGUUUUUUUGAAAUGUGAUUGAACCACUUCUUAAAAUGUCAGUAAGUAAGACUGUUCUGUUUGUAAUCUUAGAAGAUUAUAUGAAUUUUACAGCUUUAUUCCUUAAUUGUAUUUAAAAAUACUGAUUUUGUAUUUUAAAAUAUACGUGUGUAAGGACUGCAGCAUUUAGCCCUUCAUAGAUUGUGUGUGGAUUAUUUCAGUGUCCAUACAGUUAUUGUCCUUGCACAAGUACAGUGGUGAUUUUUUGGGUUUUAGUAUUUGUGGGUUUUGUUGUUUUGUUUUGUGUUGGUUUUUUUGUUUUUUUCUUUUUCCUGGUGAGUUUUAGUCAAAUUCAGGAAAUAUAACCAGAUUUUGGUCUUGAUUUUAUGAAAUGUGACCUGUCAGUAUCUUCUGCCUUCUAGCUAAAUUCAGGUGUUAAUCUUCAGUAAAAUUUAUUACCAGUUGUUGCCCACCACCCUGAUUUUUCAAUCCCUCCCCCUUCUGGUAGUAAAGUCAUUUUCUGAAGACUAGUAAACAAAUACAUGACAAAAGAAUUGAUUUUUUUCUGGUUGUUCACAAACUAACAUGCUCUUUUAUUUCAUGUAUCUGAAGUCUUGUAUACAUCAGAUGUCUAGACAGCUAGAGUACCAUGCUAAACAAUGGGUUUUUUCAGUGUACUGCUUUAAAAUGCAUAGAAAUGUUUACAUUAUAUAAUGUACUGUUUCGAAGGUUGGGAAUUAAAGCUACCCAUGAUUCCUUAUAUUUGACAAUUGAAAAAAAAAACCAACCCAACCCUAUCUAAUAGUGACUCUCUAGUGGUCUUUUCCCUUUUUAAAAGAACUUCCCAUUACAUCUACACUGAAAUUGGAGCUUGUAGAUGUGCCUGUCUGCCCAGCUUCCAUUUCUUAGAUUUAACCUCAGAUUUAGUUUCCAGAUUUGCAUGUGUUAUUUAUUCAUGGAAGUUCAUUUGCCAACGUUACAGAGCAAAACUUCAAAAAGUCAAGUAAAACGUAGUAUAGUCCUAAGUGAAAAUACAGUUUUGUAUGUGUUAAGUGUCAGUUUUUCAGUCAGGCUUUUUGUGUCACUGAUGUUUUUCUGGGAGAGAACAAAUUAUGAUACUAAAUGCUCUUAGUGUGUUGAGAAUUAAGUGGGAUGUUGUCUCGGGUUCAUAUGCUAACAGGGGACACAAAAAGAAGUAACUGACCUAGAGAAGGGGAGCCAAAGGCUUAAACAGGAAGGUGAAACAUGGCAUCUAAAAUAAAGUUGGCAGUAUAUUUCUGUUAAUGCCACUUUUUGCCAUUAAAAAUUGAUUGGUAGAAAUAUUUCUUGAAUUUAGUAAAAAUAUCAACUGUGGUUCUUAAUUGUAAAAUAACGUAAAAGUAUACAUAUAACAAAAGUAAAUGUAGUUUAUUUUGUUGAACUGAGUUUUUACCUUUUAUAAUAACUGUAUAUUUUUGAUAUUUGCACAUAGUUGUUACAAAUAGGGGUAACCAUUGAGCUGAGUAAUGGAUGCAUUUCCAGAAUGUUUUCCUUCUGGUGGAGAUGAGCAAGCCAUACUAAAAAUUGUUAAUAGCCUGGAAUGAAAGAUAAUUUUUUUAACCGUUGGCAUAGUUUACUAAUGUAGCUUUAAUUUUUGUGUAUUUACUGUUGUGCACGUAGAUAAAGAUUUACUGUGCCAAGUACAGAUUUCCUACUCUGUUACCCAAAGAAAAUAUAUCAAACAGCAUUAGGUUGCAUUUCAUAAUUUCCAAAGCACAAUUUACACUGAGGCUGUGAUUUCAGUCUCAGUUGAGGUGGGAUUUAUAUUUGGAAGAUCCUUCAGCUUUGGUGUGUGUUGGGAUUUCUCUUUUCUUUCAAAAGGGUAUCUUGGUAGGAUUCCCUUGUGCAAAGAAAAUAGGUCCUAAGAACUUGCUUUAAAGGGCAAAUUUAGUAUACUACAUGUAAUUGAAAGCAUUUGGUAUUUUUUUUAAGUUAAGUUGUAAACAUUUUGUCUUGUUGCUGUCUUAAUGAAGAAAAGCUUUAUUGUAGUUUUGUUUUUAUAUAUUUACACACACACACACACACACACACACACACACAUAAAAGAAAUACAGUUAUCUCCUGGUUUGUAUGUUUCAUUUUCACUAAGAUGUAUGUUGCCAUACAUUUUUUGUUUCAUUUUUUACAUUGAAUAAUAUUCAUAAAUGGAUUUAACACUCAGUCAUUUAAUAAAUAUCAACAGUGCUGAAACGAGUUAUUCCCCAUAUUAAUGUGUUUUGCCAGAAAACAUGAAGUUGCCUCUGUGCCUGCACCCUAUGAAUGGCACCUAUAUUUCUCCUUAUUGUGUACCUAUAGUCAUAACUGUGAUACUGUACUGGCAUUUUUCCAAAAUGUUAACACGUCUAGUUUAGAAGGAUUCUGAGGGUCCAUUGUGAACAUUUUUGUAAACAGUGAAAUUCGGUUUGUACUGUAUUACAUUUAUAGAGAUGGGUUAAAUUGGAAUGACUUACAAAAUAUGUUUAUAACAAUAAAACUCUAUAAAAAGUUUAGUUGUACCAUACCAGGUGUUUACACUUCUGUUUGUACACUUCAUGAUUUAAAAUUAAAUUCUUGCAAGAUUUUUGUGCCUUCACUUGCGUAAGGCUUCAAUCCAUUCUCCCGAAUUACUGUAAGCUGAAUGCUUCCUUGGAACAUCUUGCCUUUGCUCAUAGAAAGCCUAUAAAUAUAGAAGGGAGCAGUGGAUUUAAGACAAAUAUCUAACCAGUAUUAGUCAAAAAAACUAAGAACCCAGUAGAAUGACAUUUAGAAGAAUUAACAGCAAAAUUAAUGUGUACAAACAGAAUAGUAAUGUAACUUCAUUAGCAUGAGUCCUGACUUACUAGGCAGAAUUUUUUUUUAUUUAACUGAUACUCAGUAAUGUAUUUCUAGCUGAUACAUUGUCCCAAUCUUAAUCUGUCUGAAUUUCUAUAACUGCUGAAUGUUAAGUUUUUCAUUUUGUGUUUUUGUUAUUGGGUUGAUUAUUUCCUAUUUAAACUGGAUUUGGAUUGAUUUACAAAGACAAAACCACAACAUUGUAACAGUUGAUAUGUAUGUAGAAUUUGUACUCCAUAUUUCAUGUUUAUUCUCUGAUUUUUCUGCUCUCAAACCACUGUAAGCAAAAUAAUUUGAAGGUCUGAGGCUCAUAUGCUUCUUCAAAAACUGCUCUCAGAUCACUCCGAAGUUAGUUUCAGCUUUUGAGUGAUUCAAGAAGUAAGAUGGUUGGAAUUUUUUGUGUCAGUAGGAGGGGAAAUGGUACUAAUGGCUUACAUACCAUUCAUUAUAUUUUUGCUUCUCUAAGCUGGAACUGUCCUGUGACUGCACUAAUAACCACUUAAACAUCAAGCGAAGUAUGAAAUUAGCCUUUUAAAAAACCUUGUAAACAAUUGGAAAAUGCCUUUUUUUAAUAGGCUAUUUUAAUAAACUUCUAGUUAAUAUUAAGUGAAUCAUGUGGUAGCAUUGUUCAAGACCUGGGUAUACAUACCUGUCCAGAAUUAUAUCAGGUCUUAGUCUUAAGCUAUUAUGAAUAUUAUUUACCUAAUCUCUCUUUUUUUUUUUUUUUUUUUUUUUUUUUUUUUUGUGUGUGUGUGUUUUUGAGGAAGCACAUAUGUGGGGCUGGCACUAUUCUUCUGUAUUUAGCGUUCAUCAGAGAAAUGAUGCUUUGUGCAUCUGAUUCAGUAUUUGAAAUCCAGCAUAGCACGAUAGAGGCAAGCAGUGCCACUGCUUUAUGUGCUUUUUAAAGUCUGUUUUAUCAUUACUCUGGUGCUUUGCAGAAACACAUAGUUUGUCUGUUAAUGUUCAGUGGUGAAUCUGAUUUUCUUGAGGGUGAAACAAUGAUUUAAAAAAUGAGCGGAAUAUCUUAUGCUACUUACUUUCAAAUGCAUAACUUUUAUUACUUUUUUCCCAUGAAUAUGUUGCUGUAAUUUUAUUGACUUCUGAGGUGUCUUUAGACACUCAUUUUUUUUUUAGUUCCUCAUAUCCUGGGCUUUUUUAUUUGUGAAUUCAUUAGUUUUGACAAAUUUGUUCUGUGUGAAAAGUUCCCCAUGAAACACAGAAGUGAAAAUGUUGGUUUGAUGCAAUAUUCUUCAAAGAAUGGAAAAAAUUCACUUUUUUACUUUUGCUCAUUGUGGUUUGAGAACUAAGAUUUCUUUUUACCAAAAAAAGAGGAGAUGUGAGAGAUCUUCAUUUUUAUGUUUUCCUGUGGCAGCCCGAUCUACAUUUUUGUCUCUUCCUCAUAUAUUAAUGUGAAAAACACUUGCCAAUAAUUCAUAUCUUUUUAAUUUGUAAACUAAAGGUUGAAUUUUCUGACCGCACCUCUCUGUUCAUCAGUUAUUUUUGGUGAAUAGACAGGCUGGGAUAGUGGAAGAAAGAUACUUGACAAAUGAAAUUAGUUUGGGAGGAUUUUCCCCCACGUAAAAUUAUUUAUACAGUCAUGAAAUUGUUGUUGUGUUGAUAUUAAAUUAUACACUAAGACUGAACAAAGACAGCAGGUAAGUACACUCAUAAUAGGAGAUGGGAAGAGGCAGCAAAUGUGAGAAGAUGCUAGGGGUGAUAAAAUAGUCUGUAUGUGUAUGGUGAACAGAACAGAACCACAUGUGUAUUUGCUUACAUGCUGAAAGACAAAUAGAAAGUCAAGCUUGAAAAUCCUUCCUUCUCACUAUGUUAUAGCUAAACCAUGAGAAUAUUUGGGGUAUUUUGUGAUGUUUUGGAAUGUAGGUUAAAAAGAAUUUUUUGGCUUUUAAGAUGAUACUUUCUGUGGGGUUUUUGGUUUGUGUAUUUCUUUUUCUUCAUGUAUAGAAUAAAACAAAGGAGAAUUACAUGAAGUAAUUCAUAGGAGCUUGUAGGAUACAAUAACAAAUGUAUAUUGUGCAUUUUACUGGACUGUGAACGUGAGAUUGAAAUUCAAUCUCUGAAAAUACACUACUAUAAUAAAACUUGAUGGGUAUAUGUAUAUACAGCUUUAAAACUGCUGUAGAAUUUUCAAAAUUUUAAAGGCUGUUUAAAGCUUUUAUGUGAUUAUUUAGAUAAUUGGAAUUUACAGGGGAAAAAUUAGAGCUGCUAUUGCAAGAUGCUUUUGAUACAUAUAUAAGAAAUCUAUUGGGUUUUGUUGUAAGAGUGUGUCUUUGUGGGUAAAAAAGUGCUCAAGUUGCAUCUUGCAUAAAUACAGAAAUGUUUGAUUACUAAAGUUCUGGGAUUUCAUUUGUGAAAUAUUCUGGCAUAAACCCCUAACUUUUAAACCACAAAAUGUCUAUUCAACACCUAAGUCUGAAAUUUGGGUAGACUUGGUAAAUUUUGGUAGAAAUGCUGAGAAACUGAUUGCUGUCUGGUGUUAAAUUGUACAACUCUAACACAUGCUUGGGACAGAUAGCUUAUAUAUGAGCUUGAGGCAGAUGGAAAACAGUAUUGCCAAGAAAUGCUGACUAGAGUUUUAAUUUUUUUUUUUGAGUUGUUUGUUGCUUCAAUAUUCUACUUGCUUGUAGAAUACUGAAAAGGGCUGAGCACACAGGUAUAAUCCAUACAGAUCUUUUUUUUUUGGAACCACUAGGGUUUCCAGUUUUGCCAAGAUACAGUGGCAGAACACUUUGAACCAAAAUGUACACUGCUUUGGAUUUUAGUUGGUCACGUUUUUAAAAAUGAAGGCUCAGUGUGGUGCUGACCGUCUUAAGAGCCCUAUACCAAAAAACAUUAAUCCUAAAUUCACUUUAUUGUGCAUUCUUUGGAGUUUCUGUAGUUCCAUAAGUACCUUUAUAAAUCAACAAAUUAUUCCCAGGAACUGAAGCUUUCUUAUAGUAGUAUUAUAAAUCACAUAUAGGGUGCUUCGGAUCUGUUAACUGUUGCUGUAGACGUAAUAAAGAUCCAUAAUUCUGGCUGCAGCAAUUGUAUGAUGAGAGCAGCAAAUUCUGACGUGCAGUCUCACAGCUGUCAGCUACUUACUUUCUCCACUGGAAAACUGAGAUUCUCUCCUGUCUGUUUGUGCUAACUUAGCUCACAACUCCAAACAUAUUUUUCUGGUGGAGGCAGCACUUUGUCACUUUGCUACUAAUUAAUUUCAAAAGUACAUAUCACCUAUGGAAGUAUUGGCCUCUGGGGAAGGAAAUUCCCCAAAAGUAGUUACUGGCUGAUGCAUUCAGGACUUGAGAACAAAGUCGGUGUAUAAGAGAAGAAAUUUCACUCACUGAUUUGGAUUAGUUUAUGUGCAUACUGUAGUGUAUAGAGUCUAGUUGGUUAUACUUUGGAUUUUUUUGAAGUUAUUAUUAACAGUCACUUUGAGGAAAUGAAGAAGAAAAAUUGAAUACUUAGUUUUCCCAGUUUUGAAAUUAUUGUACUAGUAGAAGAAUAUUUGACAGCUGUGUACUGUUGCCUGUUCAUGAAAUUGCUUCUCUAAAUGUCUUGGUUUUCAAAUGAACAAUUUAAUGUGUUGGCUUUUUUAAUAAUUUGAUUGAAACUAUUUUGAAAUUACUGAAUGUUGAAAUUGUGAAUUAUGAUUGAAAUUAAGAUAGCUAACUGUUUUGUAAUAGAAUUGAACUGAAAUCCAGUGUAUGGAAUUAUACCAUCACAAGUAUUUUGUGAACUCUUAUAGUAAUUAACUCUGAAUUGUGUGGUUCCCUUGUUUGCCAAAAUAGAUGAGAGUAGGAAGUAGGGUUUGGGGUUUUUUCUAGGCCAAGUAGGUGAGGAAACCUGCAAAUCUACAUUGUAUUAAUUGAAAUGUGGGUUCUUGUGCUUAAACUGCAAGUGUGUAUUUUUAGAUGUGAACCCCAUCCACCUUGCCACGAGUCUGAAAAUUUUGAAGUACUGGUGUCAGAUUCUGUGUGCUUUUAAAUGUUACUGAGCUGUGAGCCAUCCACUUCAUUAUACAAUCAAUAAAUUACUUAAAUGUCAAACCAGCUUAAAACUUCUGUAAGUGGGCAGGUAAAAAUGUAAAAAUUGAAUUGUGGUAAAAUUAAAUUCUUGUUCAGUUACUUUUGCAGAAUGCAUACUUUAGGAAGUGUUCUAUAUAAAUGUUGCCAUCAGUCACAGGAGCAGUAGUUAUUUCUUUCUUUAUCAUCAGUACUUUUAACUGUGAAGUUUAUAUUCUUUCAACUUUGUUGUACAACAACAUGAAUCUUAUUUUUAAUUACUGUAUUAGAAAACAACUUCAAAUGAGUAGCUACUGCUUCUGGGUAUUUUGUGUUAGUUUACAUCAUGGUGAAGUAGAUGCACGAGUUGUGUAUGUAUAGAUAAGCCAACAAUUUUCUAUGUGUUAUGGGGACUAGCAAAAUCUACAUCACAAAUUUUGACACAUUACAGCUGAAGGAAGAGGAACAGCAUGCAAGACAAGAUACAUUCUUCAAGGAAAGAUGCUUGUCCAGCAGUUUGCUUCAUGUGAUUGAACUGAGCCUGUAAGGAUUCAUGGAUAAAAUGAACAGGAGUAGAUCUGAAUAAAGCAAAUCUGCAUACAUGGUAACCAGUAGCUCUUUUACUUUUUUAUGUUGCUUAACUGUUUUAUUUGAGGGAAACCUGUGUGAUUUAAACCUUAUAGCUUUUGCAACUUUAUUACUGGUUAUAUACAUUUGGCAAUUAUAAUGUGCAAGCAAUUGAAAAAAAGUCAAGUAAAUGCUUGUUUUUAUAGUAGUUUGUUCAUGUUAAACUGUUCCUAUAAUGUCUGUACACAGCACCACUGAUUACAGUAGAUGUAGUGUUGUAAUAAACUGUUUAAUGGGGCUGAUGUGUAAAGCUGUUCAAGUUAUUUGAUGUUUACACCUCAGGGAAAGUCAUGUGUUCAGCAAUAUUUAAAGAUAAUGUUACAAUGAAAACAUUGAUGCUGUCUUCAAAAACAUCGCAAUAGUUCUUGCAUAUGCCUCAACCUAAUCUUGCAUUCAGCGAGUGAGUUAAACGUACUAAUGUUGCGCUCUCCCACUCAAUUUUGAUACAAAACCAGGUGGUUACAUAAAACCUUUAAUGCUAUUUUGCUUUUUAGCAGUGUUUACCUAGGUGGCUUGUGAAUUUGCUAAUUGACAUAUAAAACUGUAAAAACUGCAGUUCUCUGUGGUCAGUUGUUCUGAGGAGAGAUAGUCCCAGAUCUGUGAUUUUUAGCACACUGAAAAUUUUAUCUCUCGUACAGCCCUGAUCCUUAUUGACACUACAGUUAGUAUAAACUUAAACUGUUCAUAUGAACUUAAACUGCCCAUAAUAAGGGCUAGAAAGGUUAGGUUUAAAACACGCAAAAUCCUGCAGUUGUUUACAGUUUUAUAGUAAUAGUGCUUGUCUGUGUUCCCUGUCCACCCCCAAGGCCGUAGCAGUCUGUACAUAGUUGUAUAUUAGAAAUGUGCCAGAAGAAACAAGAUGUUACCGUUUUUAUUACUUCAUGUUUUUGGUAUUUUCUUAAUACUUCGGGGUUUAUUCACACAUGCAUAUAAAAGAGAAGGUACACUUGUAUGUCCUUGUUUACCAAUGGGCAAUAUUUAAAUGUCUUAGCAAAAAAUGGCACUGGUUAAAUUUGUCAGAUGAGGUUUUGUAAAUUUACCUAAAAACAAAUUAUUGGAGCACUCAGUGAAAGUAGGCAUCAAAUUAAAGAAUUUGUUUUAAAUUUCAUCAAGUGUGAAAUGCAAGCAAAUAGAAAUUUCAUAAAAGCUGCAAAACUUUAGUUUCUGUCAGCCUUGUGCAAAGGCUCGCUUUUAGUCUAUUGUAAAGCAUUACGUAACGGACAUGCUCUUGGAGUUGUCGCUCGUUCAAAUAGCUGCACUUAAUGUUUUAAGUUAAGUUUCAAGACCUCAGAUGGCUUUAAGAGGCAACUCUUAGAAGCCUCUUGAUUUCUUUUUUACCAAUUUUGAAGAUUUUACAGCUGACUUAAAAUGUUAUCCUGUUCAGGAGAGCACUUAUAUCUGUUUGAUUUUUCCACAGCAUAUAAAACCAUGUGCUUACAUUUCAUAAAUUUCAAGGAAUGUAAACAUUAAGUAUGCUUUAAGUAUCGUAUUUGCAUACAUGAGUGAUUUUUAUGCUUUACUGAGUUGGGACCAGUAGCUUGUGCAACUGCAAAAGUUUUGCAUAAGUCUGAAAUGCUCUAAUAUUUUUGGCACCUACUAUUCAACCAGGUUUCCUGCAGCCAGGUUGAUGCUGUUGGACUUGCCCCUUUUUAUUUUUUUCUUAAAUUGUGUACCUCAGUUCCUCAUGCAUGGGAUCACUGGUGUUUAUUGAACUAUUUGCUACUGAGAAGAUAUUUCACGUGUUUGUUUAAUCCUGUUUAAAGAUGAAAACUGCCUUUAAAAAUUUUGUAAAACUGAAAGUUGUAUCAAGCAAGUCAUGAGUCACUUCCUGCUUUUUUUUGUGAAUAGGUAUUGGUUACAAACAGUACUGUUGUAACUUCUUUUUCUUUACUUAAAAACAUUGUUUACUAUUGUGUGUAAUAAGUUUAAGGAAGAAAUUACCUGCCUGUAGCAGUUAAAUGGGGAAUAGCUAAUACUGAAAAAACAGCAGGUAAGUAAUGUUCCAUUGCAUAGAUAUAUUAAAUUUUAAAAUAAAAAAAAUUAACUUUACAAGCAUUUUAUGCAGGAACUGAUAUUUUAGUCCACAUUGAAAUAGAUUUAAGGAGACUGUUGCUCUUUUUACAUAGAGUGUAAUUUCUCACUCACUUAUUUCCAGUGCUGGCAAUGGAAAUAGCAGGGAGGGAAUAGCAGCAGGUAAAUAACAUAAGUUAAUUAAACAGAAUGACCAUUGUGACCUGAGAGAUGAGAUCCCUGUAUGAAGCCCAUUAUUUCUGCCUGUUCUCCAAAUACUUAGUUUUAACUGAUAAAUGUACUGUGUUGCAAUUUAGAUAAUACUCUUGUUGUUGUGAGUUUCCUUUGUUAGUUUUUUUUUAUAAAACAAAAAAAUGUACAGAAAAAAACCCAAAGACCCUGAUAGACACCAAAAAGGAAUAUGCCUAAUGUACAUCAUGUAUAACUGGAUCUGUAGUAGAAUUUUUACCGAGUUUUGGUUUACUAAAUGUUCCUGGCAAUUUCCUGUGCACAUGCAGGAAAUGGCAGUUUGGAAACAUAGUGACUGAUGGUGAUGCCAUGAUGGCUACUGCUCUUUAAUAUUCAUUCAGCUGCAUUUCGUUUCCUUUUGCUGAUGAAAGGAUGAAAUAAUCUGUGAGGAAAUACUUAAUUUCUUUCAAAUAUUGAGUUUAUAAGUAACAUUGAAAAUAUUAUCUUAAGGCUGUGUCCUUUAUCUUGAAAGACAAAACUAGCUAGUAGUGACUUAGGGGGUGGUGGUGCUUUACCAAGAGAAUUUGUUUUAUUGGUGAUGUAUUUUUUAGAAGUAGAGGGUGGUUUUUUUAAAGUAAAAAUUUUACAGGACUAUACGUUUUUGCAGGUCAAAGUACUUAAGAAGAAGAACAUAGCAUUUUGGAAACUGUACAGUCUUUUUUUUUCCUCAUUCCCUUUUUGCUUUCUGUGCCAAUAAUUUUUGUUCUGAUUACGUUUUGAAAAAUGUUUGUCAGAACUUCAAACUUUUAUUUACAGUGUGGCUUAUAAGCUUGGAUAGAUGUUGUUUUUUGUGUUAAACAAGAUAUUUUUAUUACAUUUAGACAUUAGCUUUUUUCUUUAUGGACUGAGUACUUUUUGGUUUUGUUCCUUUGAAAUCGGUGAGGCUUAGUUUUUCUAACUGUAUUUUUUUACCUGGUUGUUUAGUUGCAUACCCCAACCCUUGUAAAUGUUUUUUUUCCUAGUUGUAUGUGGAUAAUUGGAGAUUUAAAUGUUGUAUAUACUUGUCAUCUGUGUUUCUAGUAAAAUACAUGGCAUUCUUUAUAGAAAUACUUAAUUCCUGAUUUUCUUUCCUUAUCCACUUGCUCUCUGUGUACAGGUUAAACAGACUUUGCUCCCAUUUUUAUUUAUAGAAUUUUAUACAUAGCCUGUUAAAGUUGUCUAUGAUUCUUGUGUAAACUGAGAUACAGCCUUAAAUUUCCUAAUACAGUGCUCGUUAAGAUACUGUCAGUCAUGUAGAUUUAAAUAUAAAACAUGCACGUUUAAGACUGGUAUUCUUCAGAGAUUUAAGACACUAAAUUGCUUCUGCAUCAAAAUAGAAACCCUUCAAGAUUUUAGAGAAGGAAAGUGCAGCUCAGUGUCCAUAUAAAAAAAAAAAAAUUAACUUGAAUUCUUUCCAAAAUAGCAAUUUUAACAUAGAAGAGAAGCAAUGUGGAUUCAGUUGAGAUUCAAAUUAUUUUGGUAAUUGACUGCACAGGUCUUGAACAUAAUGGUUGCAGCAUGCUAAUGAAUCAUGAUGUUUAUGCAGAAAUACUGUCUCUUGCAAUUAUGAUGCCUUGCAAUUAAUACUUCAGACUGGCUUGGGGUGGAUGGGGGUGUUCGAGUUGGGGGUUUUUUGGUUUUGUAGUUAUUUCACCUUCCUCCCCUUUCCUCCCCAUACCCCAUUAACGUCUGAAAUCCCAUGUAUUUUUAGAAUUCCUUUUAGCAUUAGAGGAUAAAUUUACUAAGGAGCAGUUUGGGGUAUAGAAAUUAAUCAAUUUGAUGUUCUUGUGGGAUUAAUUUUCCCCCAUGUUGGACAAAAUACAAUAAAGCUCCUCAUUCCAUUUGUAUAUAAUACUUUUGUUAAUUCUCAAACCCUUUCUGUAGCUCCAGUGAUUGCAAUAGGUUCUGGGAUGAUGCUGAUGCCUAUGCCCGUGCUUAAAUCUUCUAAAUACACUAGUUUUACAGAAGUCUCUUGAAAACAGUAAGCAGUACACCUUUGAUCUCAAUGGAAUGGAGCAUUUAAGUUGUAAAAAUUCCCAUCUAUUCAUACAAUGUAAUGUGAUUUUUACAUGAUUUCAGAAAUAACACUUCGGAGUAUAUUCAUCUAAUUGACUUCAGCCUCACCCUCUUGUACACAGUAUUUUGUAAUAGAAAAUAUUUUAAACUGUGCAUAUUAUUAUCACAUUAUGAAACAGACAUUCCCUUGAUCUUCAGAUGUAAGAAAAUGAGGAAUGUAUGUGCUUUUAUAAAUAUAAGUGAUUGCAAAUUCAUAUUCCUUACUUAUUCCUUACAGUUGUCCUUUUUUUAAAUAAUAAAGAAAGAAAAAAAAAAAAAAAAAAAAGCUGAGUAUUUUAAAGG